AUGCAAGUGUACAUCUUCGACAUCGCUUCCAUCACCGCCAUCCUUGCGUGCGCCAAGAGUACAUCAGUCGUGUCAGAAGCUGUCGCUGACUUACGUCCGGUCCUGACUACCACAACAGACGACGACGCCCUCGCUGAGAGGAGGUCGGGGCCUGCCAAACUGGACAGCGGUGAAGAGAGGAUGCAUGGGCUUCCUGCGUCAGUUGUGGAUGUGAUUCCUGUGCCAAUCGUGAACGCAGCCUUCAGGAAGAUAAAACCGGUGCUACAAAGGCUGCAUACUGACCCUCUUGAGAAACAGGAGAAGACUACAGUUACGGUGGCGCCUCAAAAAGCUGUUGCAGACUCUUCAAACAAUGAAAUCUCAAAGCAACUAGCUGGUCGCGGUGACAAAGAUUGGGUGGACCGAGCUGCGAACCUGGUACAAACGAAGGGUCUGUCCGCUAAAGUGGAUCCCUUAUUCAGGUUCAUGGACUCGGAGGCUAACAAGAUAUCUCCGGAGCAGAUUCUCCGAGAUCCGCAGCUCAAGCUCGAUGCAGUGAAGAUACUCGCAAGUUACUUCGAGCACUUGAACCAUCCUCUAAGAGAUAAAAGAUCUUUGCUGGCGUAUCAUAGAAAGGCGCGAGGCAACGAACAGCCGGACGAUGUUAUGAAGAAACUGAUGGAUGAGAUCAAAGCAUUGGAGAAGAAGGACAUUGAAGCACUGUUUCAGCUGCUACAGGAGAGAUACGGGCGUCCGGAGUUGCAAUCCUUCCUGUCCAAAAGUACUUUUGGUAAACAAGGCGGUAAAUUGGUUGAGGAUCUGCUGGCGCGAUUCUGGCCGACUGACAUAUCAACAAUUCCGAGACCUCAGGCGAUGCCGGAACGUGAACGUACGAUGCUACGAAAGGAGGAUGAAGACCAGCCUGUUAAGCACCCGAAGGAGAUUGAAGAUGGGUACAAACGGGAAACACAGUCCAGGUACAAGGCAAAAUCUUCAAGGAAGUAUCGAGCUUGA